GCGUUUCACGGCUGCAUGCAUCAUUCUUUUUCCAAGAUCAGUCCACAUCAUCAGCUGCUUUCAGGCUCCUGCUGUGAGCCGAGGAGUGUCUCGCUAACCAUCAAAAGAUAUGCGUCAUAACUCUUGAGCAAAACCUGAAAGGUGGGUUGUGUGUGAUUGUUUGGAAUGUGAAGCGUCAUGUUUCCUUCCAAGCUCGUCUGCACACAAGUGCUCCAUUUCCAGUUUCUGUUGACAUUUCACUGAGUGAACACCAGCUCUUUCUGUGGGAACAGCUUUGAAACAAAUCUUUAACUUAUUUUUUUUAUUUUAUAUUUUAUUUUUGUACGUCUGUAUCGUGGGAAUCAAGCUUAAUCUCUUGGGAUUUAUCUGAAGAUCUUUUUUUUCUGUUUACAACAAGGAAAACAUGUUCUAACUAAACAAGGUUUGAAAAAGAAGAUAAAGACUGAUCUUCUAUUCUGUUCCUGAAGAAGUUUGUCUUUGUCCUACAGCAAUGAGCUUCAGGUGGCAGAUAAGGUUGCAGGAAAGCUGAGUUCUACUCUCUCAUGGGUGAAGAACUCCGUGUCCCACACAGUCAGUCAGAUGGCUAGCCAGGUGGCCACUCCCACAUCCCUACAGACCACUGCAGCCUCCUCCUCCACAUCGCUGUCCUCGCCGGGCCUCUCUCCAUCCUCGCCAGCGCAGCUCAGUCCUGAUGAUGUGGAGUUGCUUGCCAAGCUGGAGGAACAGAACAGGCUGCUGGAGACGGAUAGCAAGUCUCUGCGCUCAAUGAACGGCUCCCGGCGAAACUCUGGGUCCUCCCUGGUGUCUAGCUCCUCCGCCUCCUCCAACCUGUCCCACCUGGAGGAGGACUCAUGGAUUAUGUGGGGUCGCAUUGUCAAUGAGUGGGAGGAAGUGCGGAAGAAAAAGGAAAAACAGCUCAAGGAUCUUGUCAGAAGAGGGAUCCCUCACCACUUCCGGGCGAUUGUGUGGCAGCUGUUGUGUAACGCCCAAAACAUGCCCAUCAAGGAUCAGUACUCGGACCUCCUGAAAAUGACCUCCCCGUGUGAGAAGCUGAUUCGUAGAGACAUUGCUCGCACGUAUCCCGAGCACGAGUUCUUCAAGGAGAAGGAUAGCUUAGGCCAGGAAGUGCUCUUCAAUGUCAUGAAGGCAUAUUCCUUGGUGGACCGUGAGGUUGGCUACUGCCAGGGAAGUGCCUUCAUUGUUGGCCUGCUGCUCAUGCAGAUGCCAGAGGAGGAGGCUUUCUGUGUGUUUUUCAAGCUGAUGCAAGAGUACAGGUUACGGGAGCUCUUCAAGCCCAGCAUGGCUGAGCUGGGACUGUGCAUGUACCAGUUUGAGUCCAUGCUUCAGGAGCAGCUCCCAGAGCUGUAUGUACAUUUUCAGGCUCAGAGCUUUCAUACCUCCAUGUACGCCUCCUCCUGGUUCCUCACCAUCUUCCUCACCAAUUUCCCUUUGCCGUUUGCCACGAGGAUCUUUGACAUAUUUAUGUGUGAGGGAUUGGAAAUAGUUUUCCGUGUGGGCCUGGCCAUUCUUCAGAUGAACCAGGCAGAACUCAUCCAGCUCGACAUGGAGGGAAUGUUACAGCACUUUCAGAAAGUCAUCCCACACCAGUUUGACAGUGGACCAGAUAAGGUCAUCCAGGCUGCAUAUCAAGUUAAAUACAAUGCUAAGAAGAUGAAAAAGUUAGAAAAGGAAUACACUACAAUCAAAACUAAAGAGUUGGAGGAACAGGUGGAGAUAAAGAGGUUGCGAACAGAGAACAGGCUUCUGAAGCAGAGGAUAGACACACUGGAGAAAGAAAGUGCUUCCUUGGCAGAUAGAUUGAUUCAGGGACAAGUAACUCGAGCUCAAGAGGCGGAGGAAAACUACCUGGUCAAGCGGGAGCUGGCCACACUCAAACAACAGUGCGAGGAGGCCAGUGCUCAGCUGGAGCAGGCCAAGAAAACCAUCAGGCAGCUUCAGCAACAGCCACAAGCGAAAGGACCUUCUCAGUUCUCUGAGGAGUCUGUCCUUCAGCUGGAGCGGGAGCUCGUGCAGGCCCGGCUGAAGGAGGCGGAGUCCCAGUGUGCGCUCAAGGAAAUGCAAGACAAGAUUCUUGAAAUGGAGAAGAGGAACUCGUCGCUGCCGGACGACACUAAUGUGGCUCGACUGCAAGAGGAGCUGAUCGGAGUGAAGCUGAGAGAAGCUGAGGCGAUGACUGGACUGAAGGAGCUGAAACAGCAGGUCCGGAAUCUGGAAGAGCAUUGGCAGCGCCACCUGGCUCGCACGGCAGGUCGCUGGAAGGACAGCCCUAAGAGGAACACGCUGAGUGAGCUGCAGGACAAGCUGAUGAGUGUGAGGCUGCGAGAGGCUGAGGCCCAAGCUGAGCUGAGAGAGACCAGGCAGAGGAUGCUGGAGCUGGAGACCCAGAAUCAGAUUCACAGCAACCAGCUGCGGCGGGCGGAGCAGGAGAGCCGCUGCCUCCAGGAGCGCGUUCAAGCUCUGACGGCACAGAAUAAAGACAUGCACGUUCAGUUACAAGAGAUCAAACGGAAACAAGCCGAGAUCGAAUGCAAGAGUAAGGAGGAGGUGAUGGCUGUGAGGCUCCGAGAAGCAGACAACAUCGCUGCAAUGGCUGAGCUCCAGCAGCACAUUUCAGAGCUGGAGAUUCAGAAAGAGGAGGGAAAGGUCCAGGGCCAGCUGAACCACACAGACUCCAGCCAGUACAUCCGCGACCUAAAAGACCAGAUAGAGGAGCUGAAACACGAGAUUUGCUGCUUAAAGGGCCAGAGGGGCCGGCUGAGUCAGCCCACGUUUGACGGGAUCCACAUCGUCAACCACUACACCGGCGUGGAGGACGCUUACCGAUCCUCUGACGACGACGGCAUGGAGGCCCCCCAGUCGAGGAGCUGCACGCGCAUCAGACUGCACCCCAACCUGGGGGACACGGACAGCGAGGAGGACGGGGAGACUCUGCGGCUCACCGUCCCGCAGAACAACAACAACAACCACAAGUCCACCACCGUGUGAUCUGCCCCAGCUUGGCCUGAGAGGGGGGGUUCCCGCAAAAAUAAGAAGCAUAGCUCUGGAUUUCAAGAAGGACGUGCUCUAUAUCAUGUGAAUCCCCAGUUUGGUUCUCUUUACUUCCACCGUCUUGGAAAGGAUGGAUUCUGACAGAAACCACACAGAACGAAUCAAAGAAAGAGAAAAGGAUGAGCCCCCCCCUCCCAAAAAAAUCCCCAAGCCUUACUUUUGGUACAACACAGAGAAAUCUGUGCAAUAAAACUUUUUUACACACUUCAUCCCAUGGGUUUUUAUAUUUUUAAAGCAUUUUAUAAAUGAGUAUCAGAUAUGUAAGAUGCCGUUAUAUUACCGUGUGUGUUUGCGGUCUCGAAGCUGCUUCUGUGCGCCGGCGCCGACCCCCGAGUCCACGCCGCAUCGCACGGUCCAUUUCUGCAAACAUGUAAAUAUGUAAAUGUGUUUAUUUUUCUCCCCACAUAUUCUGUCUGAACUUGAAAAAAACCUGUAAACACAUCAUUUCUUUGGAGAUAAUGUAAAACUGAAAGAAAGGGAUUAUACGACGAGAGCUGCCAAAAAAGUCGAGCGAGUUCCUGUCAGAGGUCAGUGUGUGCUCAGAGCAGGAAAGAUGCAGAACGAGAGCGGAGGGGGCAGAUUUAUGCUUCUCUGAAACAUGACUUCAUCGCCUAGAUGAGAAGAGUGUGCCUCACGUUGCUCCUGAGUCAAGCAUGCAUCAACAGUCCUGUACGUUUGUUUGUUUGUGCACAAAUGGAUGAUGGUCCUGCGGGACUUUAAACUGGGAGGAAAGGAUUCACUCCCUAAAGACACUGAAAGUUGCAAAGAGUCACCAAAGUUGCAGCUUCUGGGAGUCAGCUGCACUAAAAAGAGUCUGCAAAGUGGUGGAUGUUUGCAGCCGUUCUGGCUCGGAUCGUUUGCACUUUCGUGCAGUCAGAAACACUAUUUGUCUUGCACUCUGAUGAAAUCACAACAUUUUUUUUUUGUUCUCAAUAAAACCUUUGCUGAA